CAUCGCCAAACUUAUUUAUAAGCAAAGGCAGCCGUACUGGGGAAGAAACGUUGCUGAGGCUUUGUCAGCUGCUGCUUUCUCUCUGACACCACUCGAAAGGCACUUCUGCUGUGAUGGGGAGGCAAAAGGACGUUCUUGCUACUAUUGAGGAACACCUGAGGAUCAGAAACAAAUUAGUGCGGCAAGCACUGGCUGAGUGCCUGGGGACACUGAUCCUGGUGCUGUUCGGCUGUGGCUCCGUUGCACAGAUUGUGCUCAGCAAAGGGAGUCAUGGAAGUUUCCUGACUGUCAACCUGGCCUUUGGCUUUGCUGUAACUCUUGGCAUUUUGAUCUCAGGACAGGUAUCAGGUGGACAUCUGAACCCAGCUGUCACUUUUGCCAUGUGCUUCUUGGCCCGGGAGCCCUGGAUCAAGCUACCAGUUUAUGCCCUAGCACAAACCCUGGGGGCUUUCCUCGGAGCUGGCAUAGUCUUUGGGUUGUACUACGAUGCCAUCUGGGCUUUUGCUGGUAACCAGCUCCAUGUAACGGGACAGAAUGGCACUGCUGGUAUCUUUGCCACCUACCCCUCUCAGCAUCUGAACAUUGUGAAUGGAUUCUUUGACCAGUUCAUUGGCACCGCCUCCCUGAUUGUUUGUGUCUUGGCUAUUGUCGAUCCCUACAACAACCCUGUCCCCACGGGGCUGGAAGCUUUCACAGUUGGCUUCGUUGUCCUUGUUAUUGGAACCUCCAUGGGCUUCAACUCAGGCUAUGCUGUCAACCCUGCCAGGGACUUUGGACCUCGUCUCUUCACAGCCAUCGCUGGCUGGGGCUCUGAUGUGUUCUCGACCGGUAAUCACUGGUGGUGGGUUCCAGUGGUUGCUCCUUUCCUUGGGGCCAUUGCGGGAGUGAUAGUCUAUCAGCUGAUGAUUGGAUGUCACGAUGAGCCUUCUCCACCUGCCUCUGAGCAUGAAACAGUCAAGCUGUCUAAUGUGAAGCACAAGGAAAGGGCCUGAGGAAGCUGCCACCAAGAUCUGGCAGACAUUAACUACUCAGGACUGCAGUUGGCAAAGAGGAAGGAGGAGUUAAAAAGCUUCAAGAACAACAGGAAGAGUUUUCUUCCUGUCUUGAGAUAUUGUAGACCUCUUUUUUUUCUUUUUUCUUUUUUUUUUUUGUUUUUUUGUUGUUGUGUAUAUCCCUGAUGCAUUUGCUUUAGGCAUUUUCCUGUGAGCCUUUCCCCAAAUGCAGUAUCAAGUAAUCUUUCCCUAGUAGAAGGGGGCUGAGGACCGUAGGAAUCAGGAGAGACAUGGGCAUUGCUGUCCAAAACCUCCAACAUGGGCCGGGUGAGGAAUCAGGAGAGAUUUUGGGCUGUGUUGCUGACCUUGCCUGUGAGUUUGGCAAACUGCUUCCCUCCAGACCUAUGUCCCCAUCUUUAAAGUGGGGAUCAUUCAAAACUUAGCAUUGUAUAGUGGGGAUCAUGCAAAACUUACACGGUAUAGUGGGGAUCAUGCAAAACUUACAUUAUAAAGUGGGGAUCAUGCAAAACUUACAUUGUUUUGCUAGCAUGGAAUGGAAAUUCCUAUGUAGUGGAAAAAAAUUGCCUGUGAUUCUACUGUAGAUCAAAUUCAUGCUUGAUGUUGCUCUCAAGUUAUUAAUGUAGCACAAGGAAUAAACUUCUCUAAAGGAUUUUUAUUGGCCAAGCUUCUUGUAUCUCCCAUGAAUUCCUAGAACAUCAUAUCAAUCAGCUGAUCAAUAACAUCAGAGUGAGGAUGCGCUAAGACGAAGUGUUUACAAAGCACUGCACCCUGGUGUUCUAAUCACAAAUUUAAUAUUGUCAACUCCUAGAAGAUAACACAUAGGAAAUCCUUGUUCUAGCCAGGGGCUAACCUAGAAAGAAAGCUUGGCUCCCUGUAGCAGCCUUUCUAAUUAAUCAGCUUUAUAUAUAAACAGUGAGCAGCUAAUAGGCAAGUUCCACUGGAAACAUGGUGUUGCUAAAGUUGUGUGUGUUCAUGUAAAUUUCACAAUAGUGCUUUUUUAAAAAAGGUAGAUUUAUAUAUAAAUAUACUCCUUAAAGCUGUUACUAAAUACCAGGGUUGGGAUGUGUUAAUUUAAAGAUGUAUGGGAACUGCCUAUUCUCUGACAGCUUUGAGAUACUGUUGAAUUUUCCUGGGGUGGCCUUAAUUUAUGGCAUUGUUGUUGGAGCAUCUCCUUUUCUACCCUGCAGAAUUACUGGGGUAUCCAUGGUACUCACAGCUGAGGGACUGAGGUCGGGCACCUCCUGUACUAGCAGUGCUGGCAUCUCAGGGCAUGUCUGGCUUUCCCAGUGCCAUAUUAUUACAGAGUAUUUGAAACAAGCAGUAUUGGUUGUGAAAGAAUUUGUAAGUCCCAUGCAAAGCCUGUUUCUUUAAUGUCUCAAUUCCUUCAAAUAUGUAACUUUGUACACAUUUCCAGUACUAAAAUGAUGUAUUCUUUUUAAAAAAUAAAACUUCAAUACCCACACUGUAA